AAAUUCGCCUCAGGACAGGACGAAUUCAUGGCUGGCUGGCUAUCUAGCUAAUUAGCUACUUAGCCCUUACCAGCAAGUAAUUUUCUCAAAUAAAGUUUGCAUUCUUGCUGGAUCAGUAAUAGGCGGAAGACCAAGUUACAGGAGUGCAUGGCCUGUAUUUUUAUAAACUGACAUUAUCUACAAACAACCACUGACCUCAACAGAUAUGACCGAUGUCUAACUGACGUCUGCGUUAACUUUACACGUUAACCUGGCUAGCUAGCCCAACAGUAGUUGUUUCGAAUGAAGCCUGUCCUAGGACAAAACACUUUUUCCAUUUCUGGUUACCAAAAAGUGUUUCUCCCUCCACACAAUAAACAACGAGAUAUACCACUGUGGUUGUUUCACGUUGUUAGCAUGUGUUACGGUCUAGCAAGCCAAGCAGUGACGUGAGCUGAAAUUACUUUUUUUUCUUGAGACAAUACCUAACGUCUGGUGGCAGCUAGGGUUUGUUGAGGUCCUCAUCUUUCUAUAGCGCAAAGCCUACGUCAAAGCAUCUCAACAUAUUAGGGAGGAUCAGGGCACCAGUCCCAUGAAGGUUUCGUCAAAGAUUUGCGCUCUGCUUCUGAUGCUUGGCAUCUAAGUUGCACUAUGCCUGCAGCUACUGUGGAUCAUAGCCAAAGAAUAUGCGAGGUUUGGGCUUACAACCUGGAUGAGGAACUGAAGAGGAUCCGGCAGGUCAUCCGUAAAUACAACUACGUUGCUAUGGAUACAGAAUUCCCUGGAGUUGUCGCCAGGCCCAUUGGAGAAUUCCGGAGCAAUGCUGACUACCAGUAUCAGCUCCUGCGUUGUAAUGUCGACUUGCUUAAGAUAAUCCAGUUGGGUCUGACUUUCAUGAAUGAGGAGGGUGAAUAUCCACCUGGAACAUCAACAUGGCAAUUCAACUUUAAGUUCAACCUCACAGAAGAUAUGUAUGCACAGGACUCCAUAGAACUUUUGACUACAUCUGGUAUCCAGUUUAAGAAGCACGAGGAGGAGGGCAUUGAGACCCUGUACUUCGCAGAGCUGCUCAUGACAUCUGGCGUGGUGCUCUGUGAGGGCGUGAAGUGGCUGUCAUUCCACAGUGGCUAUGACUUUGGCUACCUAAUCAAAAUCUUGUCCAACUCCAACCUGCCGGAAGAAGAGGCUGACUUCUUUGAGAUCCUUCGUCUGUUCUUCCCUAGCAUCUAUGAUGUAAAAUACCUCAUGAAAAGCUGCAAAAAUCUUAAGGGAGGCCUUCAGGAGGUGGCGGAGCAGCUAGAGCUGGAGAGAAUUGGACCCCAGCAUCAGGCCGGGUCAGAUUCACUGCUGACCGGAAUGGCUUUCUUCAAAAUGAGAGAGAUGUUUUUUGAGGACCAUAUAGAUGACGGCAAGUACUGUGGUCACCUGUACGGGCUUGGAUCAGGCUCAUCCUAUGUCCAAAACGGCACAGGCAAUGCCUAUGAGGAGGAGGCCAAUAAGCAGCAGUCAUGACCUCCUUGUCUCCUUGGACCUCAUCUCCAUCUUGUCCGAUCCUCGUGAAAUAUCUCCACGGCGGCGUGAAAAAUCUCCACCGAUGAAGGCAUUGUAUGUUUUUUGUAGUAUGGCAACGCUUUCUUCCUGGAAUCUUGUGUUUACAAGGUUGGUCAACAAACAAAUUGACAAGGAAAAGUCGGUGCCUGCUCCACACCCCACUCCAAACACUUUCUGGAACACCAUGAUCAAGCAUUUCAUGUUAUUUUCUGUGAAAGCUCCUUGAAAUUGCUUAUGGGUUUAUUUGAACUUCACAUGCAAGGCAUCAUAUAAGCACCAGUUUAUACUUUUGUUAGUUAAAGUUUUCUUAAAACGAAGUAUUUUGCACUUUAAAGCUAUCGUCAAACUUGUAUGAAAAGCUACAAGGAACGAUUUCCCUUGGUUGCCUUCUUUCUUACCAUUUGUUUUCAAUCUAUUCGUUGAAGAGCAAAGGAGUGACUAGUGUUCCCGUUCAUGUUCUGCCCCAACAGAUCUCAGCCUUAAUAUGAGCUCUAUUUUGUUUCCUUCUUUAGGUUUUAAUUUAUUACAUUUUAUUAUUUGUGUCAAUCAUUGGAUAGCUGAGUAACACUACUUUGUUAUGUUGUUGUGCUCCUCCCUGAUGAUAGGAUUAUGUCCAUGUUCUCUUAUUUGAUAGACUGUUUUAUGGACGGAUCUUCCAUUCAUUCAGAACAGGAGACAAAGACAGGCUUAUGGGGCACUGAUUUUACUGUUUACUAUGGGUGUGCACCAGUUUUACAGUAUGGGAUGGUAAGACAAGUGAUUCCUAACUGCCAUUAGUAGAAACAAACAAAAAAAAAAAGAGAUAUUUUUUUCACAGCUAUAGUCCAUUUUUAUUUUAAGGAAAAGUUGAUGUAAAAAAGUUGAAGUAAGGUUUUUGUAGUGUUUUAGUAAGAAGAAGAGCUCAAAGCCUUUUAUUCAUCGAAGAAAUAAUGCAUAGAAGUAAUCUUAUCCCGCCAACCUAAUAUCAGUGGAAUCCUUUUUACUUGCAUUGCGGAUUGUUGAACUCUGCGCGAAGUGUUUUUUUUUCUUUCUCUGACUCGUUUUUUGUUUGUUAUUUAAAACUCUGUGUUGCCUACCGUAGCACUGCUGCACAAGCUGCAGGUGUUGAAAUAAAUGCUGUGUUGAACAGUA